AUGGCAAGCCUCUUACCCUCAGAGGCCUUUGGGCGCUCGAUUUUCUCAUUUUUUCGAGACAACCCCCAGACCUCAUUGUUGAGGCCAGGAUGUGAUGAUGGCACUGGCAUUGUUGACCCCGAUGGCAAAUGUAAUGGCACCGGUGUGGUGGACGACCCGAUUCCCCAUCACAGGGAAGGCUUCAAGUUCGAGAAUCCAUCCACAGACUGCAAAUAUGUGUCUCAGAUGCAUAUAUGGGACUCAUUCAAACAUUUGGAGAAAGACAUGAGCAGAUUGUUUUCGCUGAUUCAUAAGAAUGUCACCUUCACCGUUGUCGGCCACCACCCGAUUGCCGGACGCUAUCACGACCUAAUGCACUUCUAUGUCAACGCCUUACGUCGAGUCAGUAUGCUGUUUUUUGACCAUGCAGAUCUAUUCGAGAUCCAUCCGCAGGGAAUCUAUGGUGGAUGCAACGCUGAAUGGUCGGUGGAAGAGAUUCAGUUCAAAGGCGUAAUGAAUUCCGGUGAGCACGGAUAUCCUCUGAACUUCGAUUUUAUUGACCCACCACACAGGGGAUAA